ACCACAGGAGUGCGCUCAAGAUUCACGAACCUCACAACAGCCUCCAGCACAUCUCAGGUAUCCCAGUCAUUAUUUACUAACCACUUUAAUGUGUCAAUUAUGAUCUCCUGUGGACAAAAUCAGAGAUGGCAAAUUAAUUGAAAAGACAUGCGUCUGUGGACCUGCUUCUUUUGUAAUUACACUUGCACUCCUCACCCUCAGAAACGCCCAGUUUGCCCUCCAAUGCAGAUGGGAGUGGAGCUCUUUCAAUUUUGUUAUGUUCUGUUAAUUACUGAUGUCCCCUUUAAGGAUGGAGCACCCUUGGUCAUGCGCAGUAUUGUUCUAUGUUAUUCUGAUACUAACUAGUUUGAGUAAAUGUGAAGCUCCAGUUCAAUUGCUUGUAUUCCGAGUCUUUCUUAUUACAUAAAUAAGUACUAAGUGUUAAGACACUACAAUGGCGACGAGGAUGAUUACCUGCAGUGUGCAUCACGAAUACAGAUGGAGUUCGUAGGAAGAGAGGAAGAUUUUGACCCUGUAGCACAACAGCUAGCAAGCAGUGAAGACGAGGGGAGAGCUAAUGAGAACGAGGCGGCAGAUCAAAGACCCGUGGAGCCGGAGGUAAAGAGAAUGGCUAGCAUCGGGAAAAUAGAUGUGUUUGAUGACACGCAAGAAAACUGGGCAACUUACAUUGAACGACUGGAACAGUACUUCAUUGCAAACGACAUAGCUGAUAACAAAAGAGUACCAGCGUUGUUGAGUUUAAUUGGCCCAAAAACAUACAGUUUGCUAAGAGAUCUGACUGCCCCUCUGAAGCCCUCAAAUAAAACAUUCACAGAGAUUGUGGAGAUAUUGCAAAAUCACCUAUCACCUAAACCACUCCUCAUCGCGGAACGUUUUCGUUUCCACAAGAGAGAUCAGAAUGAGGGGGAGGGUGUUAGUACAUAUGUAGCAGUGUUGAAGAAACUGUCUGAACAUUGCCAGUUGGGAGAGAACCUAAAUGACACAUUAAGGGAUAGAUUUGUGUGUGGACUGAAACAUGAACACAUUCAAAAACGUUUGCUCACAGAAUCAGAGCUCACGUUUGCAAAGGCUGUUGAAAUUGCUGUGGCUAUGGAAAUCGCGACUAAAGAUGCAUUUGAGUUGCAAAGUAAAAGAAGUACUGACCUGUCACAAAUUUCCCUGCACAAGUUUUCACGCAGUCGACAGCGCCCCCGUGUGGCCGAAAAAUGCAACAGGUGUGACAGAGAUGGUCACAAAGCAGAGGACUGCCGUUUCAAAGACGAAAUUUGUCACAAAUGCAGUAGAAGAGGGCACAUUCAAAGAGCAUGCAAAGCAAAAUUCAGUCACAUCAGUAAAACUGAGAAAAUUAAAGGGUUGGUGAAUACACUAGCAGAGAACAGUGGCAGUGAUUCAGAUGAACGAUUAAUUGGUACAAUGGCGUUAAACACAGUGACUUCUCCCAGCAGUAGCAUAAUAUGGGUGACACCAGAUAUCAAAGGCAAACCCCUCAAAAUGGAGCUGGACACAGGAUCUGCAGUGUCUAUAAUUUCCACUACUGUCUACAAUGAGCACUUUAAGGCUAUCAAGCUGAAGAACACAAAUGUGUUGCUGAAGACAUACUCAGGAGAGAGAUUGAGCCCAAUGGGGGCGUUGCAGGUCAGAGUGCAUUAUGGGGGGCAAACACAGCAGUUACAGCUGUAUGUGGUGCCUGGAACUGGCCCCCCAUUAUUUGGCAGGGAAUGGCUUUCAAAAAUAAAGCUGAAUUGGUGUGACUUGAAAAUGCUCCACACGUUCCAGUCCAAAGAGAAAGGCACAGACCAAACACUGGAACACUUGCGGAAGAAAUACAACACAGUUUUCAGUGAUCAGAUGGGAACAGUAAAAGGCUUCACAGCAAAACUUGUACUAAGAGAUGACGCAACCCCGAAAUUCUGCAAAGCCAGAUCUGUUCCAUACUCCCUGAGACCAAAGGUGGAAGCGGAAAUCGAUCGCUUGCAGGAUACAGGGAUCCUGACGAAAGUGGACAGAAGCGAAUGGGCCACACCCAUAGUUCCUAUUGUGAAGAAAGACGGGUCUGUUAGAAUGUGUGGGGACUUCGAGGUAACUGUGAAUUCAAUGUUGCAUGUGGACCAAUACCCCCUACCACGUCUGGAUGACAUCUUUGCUGCACUAGCUGGUGGGAAACACUUCAGUAAAAUCGAUCUGAAACAGGCUUACCUGCAGCUACCGGUUGAAGAGAGUUCCAAACAGUACCUGACAAUAAACACACACAAAGGUCUAUACAGGUAUAACCGCCUGGUUUUUGGCAUUGCAUCAGCCCCAGCCAUUUGGCAACGAACUAUUGACCAGAUUUUGCAAGGAAUCCCAGGAACCCAGUGUAUCCUGGAUGACAUGAUCAUAACAGGACGCACCGACAAAGAGCACCUGGCUAACCUGGAAGAGGUCCUGAAAAGACUGAAAGAGUAUGGUCUACAGGCAAACUUAAAGAAGUGUGAGUUCUUCAAAGACAAGAUUGUCUUCUGUGGACAUGAGAUUGACUGCAAUGGAUUGCACAAAACACAGGACAAAAUCGAGGCAGUGGUACAGGCACCACGACCACAAAAUAUCACAGAAGUAAGAUCUUUCACGGGACUGAUCAAUUACUACAGAAGAUUCCUCCCAAACCUUUCAGCAGUACUCCAGCCUCUAAAUCAGCUCCUGGAAAAGAAUAGGACAUGGCGGUGGACAGAACAGUGUGAAAAUGCAUUUCUGGAGGCAAAACGGCUCAUAACAUCUGAACAGGUCCUGAUGCAUUACGACCCUGAAAUGCCAGUGAAGUUGGCUUGUGAUGCGUCCCCUUAUGGAUUAGGGGCAGUCCUUUCACACACACUGAAAGAUGGGUCAGAGAGGCCAGUUGCAUUUGCGUCACGAACAUUGAAUGAUGCAGAGAAAAACUACUCACAAAUCGACAAAGAAGCACUGGCACUAGUGUGGGGCGUCAAGAAAUUCCACGCAUACCUAUAUGGCAAGCGUUUCACACUGGUUACAGAUCACCAGCCGUUGCUUUCCAUUUUCAGUCCAAAGAAAGGCAUUCCGGCAAUGACAGCAGCCAGGUUACAGCGAUAUGCCCUGUUCCUUGCCAGUCAUAUGUAUGACAUUGAGUUUAAGCCGUCAUCCCUCCACACGAAUGCAGAUGGAUUAUCCAGACUGCCGUGUACAAGAGAAAGACAAAGGAGGGUGGAUGCAGUGGACAUGUUCCAUACCGCUCAGCUCAAGGCCCUACCAGUCACAAGCACAGUUAUCAAACAGGAGACAAGGAAAGAUGUGAAGGGUUUGGAAACCCUUCACAUGCCUGCUCCUGUCCCAGUCCACCCAUGGGAAUGGCCCGCAGAGCCAUGGCAGAGAAUUCAUGUGGACUACGCUGGUCCUUUUGAAAAGCACAUAUAUUUUUCUUCUUCGCCACCUUAUAAAGAGGGCUUAAAAGAGAGAUUCUAA